GCCCGGCGCCGCGCUCGCCCUCGCCCUCCGCGUUCCCUUCCUCUCGCCGCCCCCACCCCACCCCCCGCACCAUGAGCAACCUGAAGCCGGACGACGAGCACAGCACCAGCACCGGCACGGGCUCGGGCUCCGGCGGCACCCCAGAGGAGGAGGUCCGGACACUGUUCGUCAGUGGCCUCCCUGUGGACAUUAAACCCAGAGAACUCUACCUGCUGUUCAGGCCGUUCAAGGGGUACGAAGGGUCCCUGAUCAAGCUCACAUCGCGACAGCCUGUUGGUUUUGUGAUCUUUGACAGCCGGGCAGGAGCAGAAGCAGCCAAGAAUGCAUUAAACGGCAUUCGCUUUGAUCCAGAGAACCCACAGACCCUGAGGCUAGAGUUUGCCAAAGCCAAUACCAAGAUGGCCAAGAACAAGCUAAUGGCUACACCAAAUCCCACCAGUGCACACCCCGCCCUAGGAGCACACUUCAUCGCCCGGGACCCCUAUGACCUGAUGGGGACUGCUCUGAUCCCCACAUCCCCAGAGGCCUGGGCCCCCUACCCUCUGUACACCACAGAGCUGACCCCAGCCAUCUCACACGCCGCGUUCACCUACCCAGCUGCCACUGCUGCCGCUGCCGCCGCCCUGCAUGCUCAGGUGCGCUGGUACCCGUCCUCCGACACCUCCCAGCAAGGAUGGAAGUACCGUCAGUUCUGUUAGUUCCUCAGUGAGUGAGUGCUGGCCUUGAGGCCCAGGGUCUAGUUACCACAGCUUGAAGCCCCCGCCGGGAGGAAGCUGCCCUGAGCUUCCACUGCCCCCAGGCGGCCUGUGGAGAGCUGCUGCCUCCUCCAAAGACUGUGAAUUUUAAGCCUGACUCAGUGGACUGCUUCCUGUUUCCUUCUCUCCUCUUCCUCAGCCCUGCCCUGCCCCAGAGCCCUCCUCCCAGGCCUCAGGGGAGGACUGGGGGGCCAGCGGCCAGGACGCCCAGACCCGGCUCAGGGGGGCCUCACUGGGACUGAGCAAGGCCCGACCUCCGCUCCAAACUUGCCUCUGUGGCUUCACCUCAGAGAAACGAGGCAUUUGAUUUUGCAUGUUUUCUGGCAUGAAUUAAGACACUUAGACUUGUGUAUAUGUGAGUGUACAGUUUGUUCUCACAUGGUGUCACCAUAGCAACAGGUCCUGGCCUUUCCUGGUUCAUCAUUCCCGGUGCCUCUGUCCACGCCUCUCCCCUGCACCCAGCCUGCUUCCGUGGGCCGAGCCCCGCGGCCAGUUCCGCCCUCCAUUCCCCACCACCCCGCACCCUUCCAGGCCGAACAGCAGCGACCACCCAGCAAAGAGGAGUGUUUCCGUUUCAGACCAGGGUCCUCCGCCUCCCCCUCAGAGGGGCCCACGGCGGUUCGAACAUCCCUUCUCUGCCCACGUCGCUGACCUGCUCACCACACACCCUGCUGCCGCUCCUCGUUCUCUCCAGACUUCGCAACCAACCAAAAAGUGAAAGUAUUUUUGUACCCUGUGUAACGAAAUAUUUAUGCAUCAUAAAGGAUUUUUCGUGUGUGUGUGCAAUUAAUUAUUGAAGAGACCUUGUUCGCCCUGUCAGAUAAGUUUAAUGUUUAGUUUGAGGCAUGAAGAAGAAAAGGAUUUCCAUUCUCCAGCCACGAGCCUUUGUGUCAGGCGUUAGUUUAAGGAAAAUGAAGGGAAAAUUGUGCAAUUUUUUGUUUCGCGAGCACGCCGGUGCUUCGCCUUUGGCCGCGGCUGCGGCUCUCGGCUGUUUGCAGACUCGGGAGGCGAGGUGGCUGUUGUUAAUUGCGGAUCCUGCGAGAAUGUGAAUCUGGAUGAUGUAUGAAAUGCAAAAUAAAAAAUCAUCCGAAGUAA